AUGAUUGCCGAUGAUAGUGGUGAUGACGAAGCAAGAAGUAAUCCAGUUGGGGGUGGUGGAGUGUCUAGUUCAGGUACUCAGCAGUAUCCCUUGCACUUUUUAAAUUUGGACUUGGAUGCCAAGGGACAACAGGGGUUCCUGGAAAACUUGUUGGAUAUGGUACUUCUGAAUGCAACAAAGGCACAUUUUGGUUUUAGACCGACUUACAAGAGGGUGUGGUUGGCUAAGCAGAAGGCCGUGCCACGGAUUUACGGAGAUUGGAAUGAGUCAUACAACGAGUUGCCACGAUGGUUACUAGGUGUCCAGAUGACGAUGUCGGGUAGCAGUGCUAAGGACAAGUCUUGUGCGAGUGGUUGGCCGUUGGUCAGUAUUGACAGGACCCACUUGUACGGAAAAUACGGGGGAACAUUGCUCGUUGCGAUUGCUCAGGAUGAAAAUUCCAACAUCUUGCCUGUUGCAUUUGCACUUGUGGAGCGUGACAAUGUUGAAUCGUGGUCAUUUUUUCUAUCCCACCUCCGCCAGAACAUAACUCUGCAGCCGGGUAUUCUAGUGAUAUCGGAUCGGCACAACGGUAUCAAGGCUGCACUGGAGGCUCCCGACGAAGGUUGGGUACCACUUACUACCUACCGUGCAUUCUGUAUUCGACAUGUGACUGCCAAUUUUACCCUGACCUUUAACGGCAAGGAUGCACGAAGGCUUCUGGUGAACGCGACUUAUACCAAGACUGAGGUUGAAUUUGACUACUGGUUUAAUAUUUUCUGUUUCGAAGAUCCUGCCAUGUGUGAUUGGGCUAAUAGAAUUGACUAUGCGCUGUGGACUCAACAUCGGGAUGAGGGGACGAGAUUCAGACAUAUGACAAAAAAUAUCUCUGAGUGUGUGAAUUCGAUACUAAAGGGAGUGAGGAACCUUCUAGUUUGUUCUCUGGUGAUGUCUACGUACAGGAGGUUGGCUGAGAUAUUUGUUUGCAAUGGAAGAGGGGCAGAGGCCCAGUUAGGAACCGGACAACAGUUUAAUCAGCAUCUGAUGAAGGUGAUAAAGGCAAAUUUGAAGGUGUUUCGGUUUUUUCACGAUGACUUUGUAUGA